GUGAUGACAAACCCUGGGUUUUCGCUAUUUAUAGUUUAUCAACACCUGGACGCAUGCGCAUUUUAUAGUUUAUCAGGCACUUUAAGACAGUUUCAAAAGUACUAAUGAAAGAUUUAAGUUCUUGAGGUAGUAUAUACUGUACAUAAGAGAAGAACGGUGACAGGAUGUAUAGUAAAUGCAGAAUAUACAAUCUAAAUUAUUCGGCUAUAUCAGUUGACGAAAUGCUGGCCACGAACUACACAAACAUCACCACAAAAACCUGUGAUAAGUGGGAAUAUGACCGAUCAGUUAUGAAAACGACAGUUAUGAGUGAGUACGACCUUGUGUGUGAGGGUUCUUGGCUGUCUAGCCUUGCGGGUACUGCACUUAUGAUUGGUCUUUUCUUUGGCGCAAUUAGCUCUGGCUUUCUUUCGGAUAAGUUUGGCAGGAAAGUAACCACAUUAGCAAUAGGAGUGCUCCACAUUGUGUCGGCGUUUUCAGCAGCGUUUGCUCCUAACUAUAUCGUAUUCCUCACACUCCGAACAAUUGCUGGUAUGACGGCGAUAGGGGUUUACACUCCAUACUGGUUACUGUUAAUCGAAGCUUGUCCGCCGACCCACCGAGGAUAUAUGACAAUACUAACAGAUGCGCUAUUGCGAGUAGGCACAGGAUCACUUGCCCUUGUAGCAUGGUUGCUCAGAGACCAUUGGCUCCUACAGAUCAUAGGGGCCAUAGGUAUGGUACCGGGACUUAUAUUGUUCGUAAUAUUCGUCCCUGAGAGUCCACGGUGGUUGAUAUCUGUGGGCCGUGUUGCAGAUGCCGAGGCAAUUUCUAGAAAAAUAGCAAAAUGGAACAGGGAGGAAAUUCCUGCAUCGUUCUCUUUAAAGCAAGUCGAGGAAAAAGAUGACGCUUCAUCUGAAAAGAAAGGGACAUUCUUCGACUUGUUUAGGACACCAAACUUGAGAAAAUACACAUUAGUUGUGUGCUCUUAUUGGUUUGCAUGUGUUUUUGGCAAUUAUGCAAUGGAUUUGAAUGUAGGAACAUUAAUACCAGGCAGCAUAUUCCUGAAUUAUUUACUUAUGUCUACAAUGGUACCUCUGGUCUCAUGUAUAUCGCUUUUCAUAGGGAUCCAGAAGAUCCCAAGAGUUGUAUCGUUACCUGGUUUCCUUGGGGUUGGAGGAGUGAUGUGCAUCGCAAUGGCCCCAAUACUCUUGACAAAUAUACCACAGUUGGUAACAACAGUUGCCUGCAUAGGUAGAAUGCUCCUAGCAAACGCAUUUAGUCUGAUCUACUUGUAUAGUGGUGAGAUAUUCCCAACGCCACUAAGGAACGUGGGACUUGGAGCUGGUUCCAGCUUUGGUCGCAUAGGGGGACUCAUAACACCUCAAAUAUACCUUCUCGCUUCAGUAUGGUUUGGUCUUCCAUACGUCGUUCUCGGUGGUAUUCCUCUUGGAGCGGCGCUUCUUUCAUUGAUGUUACCGGAGACUAGAGGGAUCAGGCUACCCGAAAACCUCUCCGACGGAGAAUUAUUUGGAACGUCAGCAUAUGAAGACAUCACUUCAAAUGAUCGUAGCGGAGAGAAAGAUAAUGGAACAGCUUUAGUUGAUAGCGAUGGGGAGAGGGCAUUCAUCAACAACGCAUUUCAUAUGGAUACGAACGCUAAAUCAACCAAACCUGAACUCGUUAAGCCUGAUAAAGCAAUGACUUUGAAUGAUGUUACCUCUUUGUAAACACUCAUACCAAAAUUAUUAUCAUUGCCCAAACCUAUCAAUAUAAAUGCAAAAAAUGUAAAGAUGAUAUUAAAUAAAAAAUAAAUUAAUGUAGUGUUAAAGAAACUAAGAACAUGACAUAUAUAGUGCAAAUAAAAGACUUGCAU